CCGGGCCCAUGCCAGGAAAUCGCCCAAUACCAACCCUCCAAUUUAUAAGUGGAGCUCCUAGUGGAUUCGCAGCACCAUUCAGCACAAACCAACGCAUCCCCAGUUUGCAACUCUCGCCAACAUGGAUAGGAGGAGGGCGUACGCAUCCUUGCUCGUGCUCGUCGGCGUCCUACUCGCUCUUGCAAGCCCCGUCGUCGCCGGCGGGAUGAGCGCCACGUUCGCAGCCGGCGUUGGGGUCGGAGACGCGGCCGCGCUGCGACGGCUGAUGUCGACAAGGCUGGAGGACGGGGUGGCGCCGGAGCUCACGGUGGACCUGGAGCUGCACCGCCGCGUUCUGGCCGGCGUCAUCAAACCGGGCGCGCUGAAUCCCAACCGCCCGGCCUGCAUACGGUCGUGCCCGGCGCCAGGGCAGCCGUACAACCGGGGCUGCAAGGCCAUAUACCAUUGCCCCCACUGAGUGAGCAAUUUCUGAUCAAGUGAUCGCCAUGGGUCGAUGCACGCGAGCUUAUUAAUCCAUUUGUGGUGCCUUUGCUGGCUUGAUCCCUCGCCCAAGUGUUUGUUGCUAGUUACUAUUAUUAUUUGAUGUAUCACGAAAUAAUUUGCGCGUCACUGUUCUCGUGGUACUAGAAACCACAAAGAGUUGUUACGCGAUCGUAUCGGCAAAUUGUGGUGAGAAGCAUGGCAUCCUGUGAUGAACUUGGAAAGCCUAUAGAUAUGCUAUAUGAAUUUUCAGAAUCUGUCGUUGAUAGUAAUAAUUAUUAGCGGUA